AUGGUUCAGUCCCGAGAGCGUCUGCCGACGCUGUUCGAGGUCCUUAAUCGGAUGUCGGCACCUCCUGUGGACUUGUGGACCUUUUAUGAGUUCAUGCGCACCCAUUACCGCGGCGUAGAGUAUUUGGAUUUUUGGCUGGACGCUGCGAAUCAUGUGAAGCUAUGUAAACUUUAUGUUGAGGGACAGGAAUUGGGCAGAGCGACUGCCGCGAAAAAGAGUCCGACCAUGCAGCGUCAACCUCUUACUUCUUAUCUGUCUGACGGCAAUGGCAGCGGCAAUGGCAGCGGCAGUGGCAGCGGCAGCGGCAGCGGCCAAAACAUCGACACUUCCCAUUCAUCUAUCGGGAGAAACAGUUUCCACAGCAUGCCCUCACCAAGCUCCUCAAUGCUUCUGGGUAUGCUUGGGGAACAGUCAGGCUCCAGCCAACACCAGCAUCGAAUGUCUUUGGGUGCGAAUUCCCUCGAGUCUCAGGGCAGCAGUAGACGAAGAGACACCAUUGCGCGUCUAUCCGCACUCCUAGACGAAUUCCAGAAAAGAGAUGGUACAUUUGAGUCGCUGCCUACUCAAGAAGAAGAACAUUUUGUACAACCGCCCUCAGCCAGAGCAGUUCAUUACGAAAGUGACGAUGAAGACGAAGAGGCAGAUAUCGGGGUAUCUCGCACACCAGUUCUCGGAGCACCGUACGAGCGAGUGCCUGGUGGAUCACCAACACAAGGCUCGCCUAUUCAGUCUUCGUCGGCAUUGGGGCCGAUCAAUCUCAACAACAAUUCGUUUGGAGGUCCACUCAAGGAGCCAGACCUGAAACCCUCAACUGAGUUUGAAAAGGCCCGAAUGCCGCCCCAGGCUGUUACUCUGGAAGAUAUUUAUGCAAGUGUCAAUUCAAUUGUACAAAGAUACCUUACGCCCGGGGCUGACCGUGAGGUUCUACUGCCCGGUCAAAUGGCCCGGCAAAUCAGAGAUGCGGCCCAGGGAGCGGGACGGAGAGACCCAGCGCUAUUCAAUGAAGCAAGAGACUAUGUUUUUGAGGUCAUGGAGCGUGAAGCCUACCCCACGUUUCUUGCAUCAGCAGCUCUGCGUAACGUUCAACCGGCCAGUAAUCUGUUUCGCUUGCUUUUCGGAAUGAUUGCUUUGUUUGGCGCCUUUUGGCUUUCAUUUGUUUUUAUUCUGCUAGAUUGGAAGCCCAAACUCACUCGCCUCUGGAUCAUUCUACCUUUUUCCAUAGGCUGGUAUCUUGUUAUCAGCUCUCUGUACAGCCUCGAUUUUAUUCUCGGGCUUUUGGGCUAUAGCGAGCAGGAGGAGUUCGGGAUAGCCCAUGUCAAAGAAGCAUAUGUUGCCAAACUUAUUCGCAGUCGUUCGGUGCUGGUUGCCGGACUCACAGUUAUUGUCACAGCAUGCUGUGUUGUGCUGUUUGCCCUCGUUCCUGGCCAUCGGCUCUAA